CGCACAUUGGUAUGGCAGGAGUGAAGCGUGUCCGCGUAGAGUUCGUGGACGACGCCGCGGCAGAGAUGAUGGUGGAAUGGGGGUUUUCUAGGGUGGUGGUCCCAAUCGACAAGUCUAUGAAGCACGUGAGCGACUUAUUGCAUGGCAUCGUCCGGCGCUUCGGGCUGUCGAAUGGCGGGUACGACUUGAUGUUGGGAGAUUAUGCCAUCUUACCCAGCGACAAGCUUGAGCUCGUCCUUCAGCCUGAAGACAACUUGACGUUCAGAAAAGCGGCGGCGGCGCCAUCGAAGUUGGUGACUGCGAAGCGCGAAAAACAGCGCCGUGUCAAGGUUCCGCGAGUAAAGCUGCCCGUCGUAUCCGCGAAAGCAAAGGCCAAAACGAUCGACGAUCAUCCAGAGUCAGUUCAGACGAAGCGAGCUGCUGUGGCGCCCAAGGCAAAGGCUGCUUCGAACAAAGAACGCAUCGCGACACGUGUCCUUGCCAGCGAACCCAUCCCUCCGAAGAAUCGUCCGGCCGAGACCACGACUGGACGAGAACGAAAGAAGAAGCGCGCAAGACACGUCGACGUCGUCAGAGCCUCUCCUUCUGAACCAAUCGCGCCGACCGCAAUUGUACCGCCCAAGGAGACGUCGUUCAAAGCCGCUGAACCUCGACGAGGUCACUUGCGCUUCGAUCCCGUCGGCACUGCCAACACCACCACGACAUGUACGACUACCCCCGUGGAAUUAGCAAGGUCGGUCCCUGUUGUCCGCGGUACAGCAGACCGACGAACCAUCCCGCACGAUCUUCAAAAGUACGGCCCUCGGCAAAGCACCAAGCGCCAGAACGGUGGGCCGCCACUACCUCCGCCCAUUGCCGUGGAGCCAAGUAAACCCUCGCCACCUGAACCGAUAAAGAGUGUGCCAGCAAUCUCCAACGAAGUUUCUGAGCCACGGCCUCCGAAACUGGUGCUGCAUGCUGACUCGUCCAAUGAAGUGUGGAAGCGCAAGUACACCGUGAUCGCGUCCGUCAAUCGAAAACAUGACGUGGACCCUACCAACAACGUACGACAUCACAAUGUUGCUGCUACUACUAGUACUACUACAUGUGUACUAGGACAUGAUCAACAUGGAGCGGUUUCCUGAGGGGGACAUCUCGACGGUGGGCGAGAAUGACGUGAUCGUGUUCAAGACGGUGACGUUAUGUGAGGUGCACUUUGAGCCCCGCGUGUCCGAGUGGAAGGUCGGGAGGGUGACAGGGCGUUCGACGGACCCCCACGUCGUGUCUGUCCAACUGUGUCGGCACUUCGACGCCGCCAACGAGGCUACGUGGCUCGACUGCGAAUACGACGUGACUGCAUUCAAUGUGGCAGAUUUCUUCCAAGUGCGACAGGUCAAGACAGCCAAUCCCAACAUUGUCGUCGCCGUUCCCGCUGAAACACCCUCCAUGGAGGAUCCAAAUAGUGUGGAUGAGACCCACGACUUGCUCGAGGCGCUGCGUCGCCGAAAGGAAGAGAUUCUGAUGAGUUCCGCCUCCGCGUAGUCGUCCAUGCUAAUGUUACUCAUUAUUGCAAAGUCGUUCAGAUCUUAUUCGCAAA